AAUUCAGUCCCGCUCCGGGACAGUCUUCGCUGAUUGGCCGCCUCCAAACCGCCAUCGAGCCUCCGCUGGAGGGCGAAUCAUCAUUCCAUCUGCGUGUCUUCAGUUGCCUGCCUGUUCAAGUUCUUGAUCUCUCCGGCCUGCUCGCACUCACUUCCUUCUCACACUCGCAGUUCACUGCACCGGCCGCCGUGAUGGAGGUGACCAGAACAGUGAUUCGACGAAUUCCGCGGCGGACGCAGCGCUUAACCACCGCCCUUCGACAUGGUCACCUACCGCCCUCCGCCAUAGCAUGCUCGCCUAUGGCCAUAUGGAGCCGGAGACAAUUCUCGUCAAACACGAAUUUGUCGUUCCCCGGUUCUGCCGGCUUCGGGCUGGGUAGUCCAUCAACGCCGACCUCAUACUUUCAGCGACAAUCGAGCUUGCCCGCAAACACCAUUAUCCGAUUCGUACCGCAACAAACGGCAUGGAUUGUGGAGCGCAUGGGGAAAUUUCACCGGAUAUUGCAACCUGGUCUUGCAAUUCUACUACCGAUCAUUGAUCGUAUCACAUACGUCCAGUCCUUGAAAGAAUCCGCCCUGGAGAUUCCUAGUCAGAGCGCCAUCACAGCGGACAACGUCACGUUAGAGUUGGAUGGAGUCCUGUACACGAGGGUCUUCGACGCGUAUAAAGCAAGCUACGGUGUCGAGGAUGCAGAAUAUGCCAUUUCCCAACUGGCCCAGACGACGAUGCGAUCCGAAAUCGGUCAACUGACAUUAGACCACGUCCUGAAAGAACGAGCGAACCUGAACGCAAACAUCACACAAGCCAUCAACGAAGCCGCGCAAGAGUGGGGAGUGGUGUGUCUACGUUACGAAAUUCGAGAUAUCCAUGCGCCGGAAGGCGUGGUGGCCGCCAUGCACCGACAAGUGACGGCUGAACGAUCGAAGCGGGCGGAGAUUCUGGAGUCAGAAGGUCAAAGACAGAGCGCGAUCAACAUUGCCGAGGGGCGGAAACAGUCAGUCAUUCUGGCUUCGGAGGCUUUGAAGGCCGAGCAGAUCAACAUGGCUUCCGGUGAGGCCGAGGCCAUUCUUCUCAAAGCCCAGGCCACUGCUCGUGGUAUCGAUGCCGUCGCCAAUGCCAUCAGGCAAGGCGAGGACAGCGCCCGAGGAGCCGUCAGCCUCAGUGUGGCAGAGAAAUAUGUCGAGGCGUUCGGAAACUUGGCCAAGGAAGGCACUGCGGUGGUUGUGCCUGGCAAUGUUGGUGAUAUCGGCAGCAUGAUUGCCAGUGCAAUGGCUGUCUAUGGCAAGGUCAACGAAGGUCAGAUCAAGAACCUGACCUCCAAGUCUGCCUCACACUCUUCUCCGGAUGAAUCCUCAAAGAAGCCCGCCAAGGAUGUUGACCAAGAGGUCAUCGAAGUCGCGCAACAUGGAGACUCAAAAGAUGUCGCGCGGACCGUGCUCGAGGGGUUUGAGAGGACCAGGGAUUCGCGGAAGUGAAAAAGUUGGAUUGUUCUGCUCUCAGCUCUGGGCGGGAAAAAAGUGGAUGAUCAAAAUCUCUCCUUCUACAAUGCAGCGACGGCGCCACUACGUGCAGUGUGUUACUGUUACCCAUAGGAAACGGGCAGAAAAGUAAAGCAGGGUGUAUAACAAGUCAGCGUGUAGCUACAUAAUACGAUUUCUGAAGUCGUUGGAUACUCUACAAUGCGCCGAGUCGCCGUGCUUGAACAUCAGA